GGCCUUAAUUUUUCCUCUCCUGCAAAAAUGAAGCAUUUCGAGCCUUUUUAUUAAAAUUUUGGCACUCUUAGGCCAUUUUAAGAAGUUUUAGAUGAAUAUGGAUCUGUUUCGAGAAAAUUGCUAUAAUUGCGCGUAAUUGAACUAUAUUGAUAGUUAAAUUCGAUCGCUUCUGUAUGAAUGUGGAUCUGUCAGUGCGGCUAAAAUGGAUUUUAUCCACGAACAAGUUUACAUAAAAUUGACCUAGAAAUAUGUAUUUGUGCGUAUUGUGGCGACAAUGGAACAAAUGUUACAACUUCGUGUAUUAGGCAAAUUAUAUCUCCACGGCUAGAAUUUGACGGGAUGUUGAAGGCAUUUUUCUCAUGGUAGCCUUAGAGAACUUGUCAGUGGUAAUUGAGUGCUAUUUAUCUUUGUUAUACAGAAUUGAGAACAUUUUCUACAGGUUACUUCAGAGUGUUCAAUUUACAUCUUUUGUAGCGAAUAGCUAGACGUCAACAGCCAUUUUGGAGCCAAUUUCAGAUAUAAUUAAACUCGAUCGGUUCUGUUCACAAGUACAUAAAGGGAUCAUUUCUUGCUUUUUACUCAACAAAUUUGGUGGCUAAGAUUUGGUCAGAUAUUCAACAAACUGUGAUUUAAUUUGUUGAAGUCACCAAUAUUUACUGGAUUCGAAAGAACUUUCUGGUGUUUGUUUAGCAAAAUGAUUAACCUUAUCAGUCUCCAGGGUGGCUAUUGCAAGGUUCAUUGUUUGGGUUAUAGGAAUACAUAUGGAAAAGAGUUGAGCAUUAAGAAAAUUACUCAUUUUUUAUUAAUAAUUCAACCGAUUCUCACCAAUUUCAUGGGAUAAGUUUGCCAGUGUAUGCUGCUACAGUGCACAAUGGAUAUAAUAAGUCUUCCAAUUCUGGGUUCAUAGCAUCAAAGAAGAAUUCAAAUUUUGUUUGCAAUUUUUCUUUUCUCAAGAAAUUCUGUAACUUUGUUCCAAUGAAAAAUGCAAGUGGAAAUCCUAUAAGAAUGGGGAAUUUAUCGGACAUGCUGAUUUUGCCAUGGUUUGCCAUGUUAUUCCUUGGAUUUAUAGCUCUUCUGUAUACAAUUCUACAGUUGCAAAGAAAAGACUCUCUACAUUGGAUGAAAGCAGCAAGGGCAAAACAAAAGUCCAAAUCAAAGUUGACGAUCCCUACCGCUCAUACAUGGACACAGGAGAAUGGGUUUUCUGGAAAGCAUUCCACAUGUUGUGUUUGUUUGGAGCCACUUCAACCACAACAGUCUUUGGGGCCAGCAACAGCUUCCAACAGUUUCAUACACCGCUGUGUUGUUUGUGGUGUAGAAGCACAUUUAGAAUGUUCAAAGGAUGCACCUAAAGAUUGCAAAUGUGUGGCCAUGGUUGGUUCCAAACAUCUAGUACAUCACUGGAUAGAAAGAUGGACAGAAAUAGAGGAUAUUCCGGACAGAACUGCAUGUUGCUCAUAUUGUGAAGCACCUUGUAAUGGUUCUUUUCUUGGGGCUUCUCCAAUCUGGCGUUGUGUAUGGUGUCAGCGCUUGCUGCACAUUGAAUGCCAUGCAAACUUGAGCAUUGAAUCAGAUGAAAUUUGUGAUUUGGGUCCUUUGAAAAGACUCAUUAUAUCCCCACUUUGUGUGAAAGACUUGGACAGUAAAAGUGUGGGAGGUGGAUUUUUGAGCUCGAUCACUCAUGGGGCAAAUGAAUUAGCAUCAUCUGUGCGAGGAAAAAUCAGGAAAAGGACACGGAAAGCUAAGCGUGCAAUUGAGUCAUCCCUUGACAGCAACAAUACCGAUAACAUUGGGGAUACAUGUAUGGAUAGCACGGGAGAUUCACAGCCAGCACACAAUGGAUUAGCUGAGGUGGGUGAAAGAUGCAAUGGGUUUACAGAUGGAGAGGAACCACAUCUUAAUAAUAAUAUAAAUGAUGGGGAAACUGAAAACAAAACAGAAGAAUCAAAUGCUACGGCUUUAAGUCAUAAUGAUACUUCUUCCCAGGUGCUUGGUACAAGAUAUGAGUUGCUAAAUCUUCCUAAAGAUGGAAGACCACUAUUAAUUUUCAUUAACAGGAAGAGUGGGGCUCAGCAUGGUGCUUCAUUGAGGAUGCGCUUAAACCUCCUCCUCAAUCCUAUACAGGUGUGUGAGUUGAGUCGAACUCAGGGUCCUGAGGUGGGUUUGACCCUCUUUCAGCAAGUACCACAUUUCAGAGUUCUUGUUUGUGGAGGCGAUGGUACUGUGGGUUGGGUUCUUGAUGCUAUUGACAAACAAAAUUAUGAAUCUCCUCCAGCUGUUGCUAUACUUCCUGUAGGUACAGGCAAUGACCUUGCAAGAGUCUUGUCUUGGGGAGGAGGCCUUGGUGCGGUAGAAAGACAGGGUGGAUUAGGCAUGGUUUUGCAACAUGUAGAAAAGGCAGCUGUUACAAUGCUUGACCGCUGGCGAGUAACUAUAAGGGGAAGAAAGUCAAAGAAAGUGCAGAGCCUUGAUACUAAAGUAAAAUUUAUGAACAAUUACCUUGGAAUUGGAUGUGAUGCCAAGGUUGCUUUGGACAUUCAUUUGCUUCGAGAAGAAAGUCCAGAAAAAUUUUAUAAUCAGUUUAUGAACAAAAUGUUGUAUGCAAAAGAGGGUGCAAAGGACAUCAUGGAUAGGACAUGUGCAGACCUCCCUUGGCAAAUUCGUCUCGAGGUUGAUGGUGUGGAAAUAGAGGUCCCUGAGGACUCUGAAGGUGUCCUUGUAACAAAUAUUGGAAGUUACAUGGGAGGUGUAGAUUUGUGGCAGAAUGAAGAUGAGCAUAGUGAUGAUUUUUAUCCACAAUCCAUGCAUGAUAGGGUGCUUGAAGUUGUCAGUAUUUGUGGAACAUGGCACCUUGGAAAACUCCAGGUGGGUCUUUCUCGUGCACGGAGGCUUGCACAGGGGCGGCUGAUCAGGAUCCACACAUUUUCUUCUUUUCCUGUGCAGAUUGAUGGAGAGCCAUGGGUUCAACCACCCUGUAUUUUAGAAAUAGCACAUCAUGGACAGGCUUUCAUGUUGAAAAGGAUUGCUGAGGAGCCUCUGGGUCAUGCGGCAGCAAUUGUGGCGGAGGUGCUUGAGAAUGCUGAAUGUGGAGGUGUAAUUAAUGCUGCACAAAAAAGAGUUCUUCUCCAAGAAAUGGCUCUGCGUUUAACAUAGCUGAUAUGGUGCUGAUGUUUGAUGGCAAUUUUAUUGUGAUGUUAGUCCCAGAAAUUGUUUUUGAAGAUCCAUCAUGCCCGUUACACAUUUUUGACUGAAAAGGUGCUCAUUUAUUUGUCAGAGUUUAUAGAAGUUUUGCAAUCUUAAUUUUGAGAAAGAUGUAAUUGUUAUUGGCCAGAAUGAUUUUUUAAACUAUGUAUAUGGGAAUAUACGUGACUGUAUAGCAGUGACAAUAUCAUUAGAGUUCAGGCUUUAUAAAGCCAUUGUAUCUGAACUGCAUAUUCUACAUCCAGCUUCAGAACUAGAAGCCACUUUUAAAAGCAAUUUUGAUAUUUGUAAACAGUUAUUAUUAAAUCUCAAAUGUAAGUCACUUGAACAAA